UGCUUUUGACUGCCAUGCUGAAGGCCUAAAGUUGGUCUGCUGUCACUUUGAUAAUUCCAGUUUUUGUGUUUUGUUUUCGACGACCAUUUCCCCUGAACGAAAAUGGGAAUUCUGGAAAAGAUUUCCGAGAUUGAAAAGGAGAUUGCCCGUACUCAGAAAAACAAAGCUACCGAAUAUCACUUGGGGCUGCUGAAAGCGAAACUUGCAAAGUACCGUUCGCAACUAUUGGAACCCUCCAAGAAAGCUGGAGAGAAAGGAGAAGGCUUUGAUGUACUUAAAUCCGGAGAUGCCAGGGUGGCAUUAAUUGGAUUCCCAUCUGUCGGCAAGUCCACCCUUCUUUCAACUCUAACCAAGACCCAAAGUGAAGCUGCAUCAUAUGAGUUUACAACACUGACAUGUAUUCCUGGAGUCAUCGAGUAUAAAGGUGCCAAUAUCCAAUUAUUGGAUCUCCCUGGAAUCAUUGAAGGGGCUUCCCAAGGAAAAGGCAGAGGAAAACAGGUUAUUGCUGUUGCAAGGACAGCUGACUUGGUUUUGAUGAUGCUUGAUGCUACCAAGGGAGAUGUACAGAAAACCUUGUUGCAGAAAGAGUUGGAGAGCGUAGGAAUCAGGUUGAACACCAAAAAACCAAACAUUUACUUCAAGCACAAAAAAGGUGGUGGUAUUGCCUUCAAUGCUGUUUGUCCAUUAACCAAAGUGGAUGAGAAACUGGUUCAGCUAAUUCUUCAUGAAUACAAAAUUUUCAAUGCUGAGGUUUUGUUCCGCGAAGACUGCUCUGCCGACGAUCUGAUUGAUGUCAUAUCUGAUAACCGGAUCUAUUUGUCGUGCCUUUACGUUUACAACAAGAUCGAUCAAAUUUCGCUGGAAGAAGUUAAUAGGAUUGCACGACAGCCUCAUUCUCUAGUGGUUUCCUGUAACAUGAAGCUGAACCUCGAUUACUUACUGGAGACUCUCUGGGAGUACUUGUCCUUUAUUCGAGUUUACACCAAGAAACCUGGUCAGCCCCCCGAUUUCAACGACUGCUUGAUUUUGCGACGAGGCGUUUCUGUCGAACAUGUUUGUCACUCGAUCCAUCGCACGUUGGCCCAAGUCUUGAAAUACGCGCUUGUUUGGGGUACGAGCGCUAAAUUUAAUCCGCAACGAGUUGGUUCACAUCAUAUAGUGCAUGAUGAAGAUGUAAUUCAAAUUGUGAAGAAAUGAAAAUUCUUCUUGAGCUUUCUGAAGAGGUUCAAAUGCCGAAGAACGAAUAGGGGAAAAGCUUUUUGUUAUGGUUGGCUUGAGAAUUCAAAUAAAACACAUAAACACCUCUCA